GCGCGCAGAGCAGAAGCAAGGCGAGACAAAGAUGGCGGCAGCGGCGGGGGAAGCGGCGUGAUGUGCGCGAGAACGAGAGCAUCAACACCGAAUUAUUAACGCUGUCAGUCUAGCGCUUGAGAAAAUGGAAACUAUGUCACAUUAGGACGUCCGUUUGUAUGAAUAAUUAGCAUAUACAUCCCAGCUUUUUCCCGACCAGGGGAACGUUUAUUUUCUUUUUGAUUGAAAACUAACCGGGAGCAGCAUGGCUUCACACAGUAACCAGUACAUCUUUGGGGAGUUCAGCCCGGACGAGUUCAACCAGUUCUUCGUGACUCCCCGCUGCACGGUGGAGCUCCCCCCGUUCAACGACAAGGGUUCCUACGUCAGUCCGUCCUCGGGCAGUUUCUGUGCCCCCGCGGUGCCGUUCUAUUCCGAAACAGUGAGGCGGCCGGUUUGUGGUGAGGAGUACCAGCACAUCGAGUUUGGGGUGGACGAGGUGAUGGGGGCGGAGGAGAUGCUGGGGGCGGAGCCGGCCCUGCAGAAGGUGUCCAGCACGCUGAACCCCCAGGCCCCCGAGUUCAUCCUGGGGUGCCAGCCGCCCCCCCCGGCCUCGGAGGACCCCCCGGAGACGGCGGACGAGCCCGACGGCAGCCCCGACUCGGAGCUCCCCCUGCUGGACGGGCCGGGGGGCGCGGGCGCGGGCGGCCUGGGGCAGCGGGAGCGCAAGAAGAAGAAGAAGCGCCCGCCGGGUUACUAUAACUACCUGGAGGGCUCGGCCGGCGGGCGGCCGGAGGGCGGCGCGCUCUCCCCGGGGGCGGGGCUGGUGAACGGGCACGUGCCCGGCGGCCUCGGGUCCGAGUCGGACGUCGCCGUGGAGACGGCCUCGCUCCCCGACGAGGUGGCCGCCGCCCCGGCAGCCGUCGCCCCCGGCGACGAGCGCAGGACUUGCGCCAGCCCCGAGGGCUCGUCCCUGGACUUCACCAGCGGGGCGGCCUCCCUGUCGGACAGUAACCACGCCGCCUCCUCGUCCUCCUCCUCCUCCUCCUCGUCUUCGUCGUCCUCCUCCUCGUCCUCCUCGUCCCGCGGCGGCGGGGGGGCGGAGGCGGGCAGGACAGCUGAGCGGACGCAGGACGCCCCGCGCCUGGGCAGCCCCGAACUGCCGGGGAGCGGGACGCAGAGCCCCAGCCCCACCUCGCCCCCUCCUCCGCCCCCGGACCCCACUGCCAGCGCCCCCUCCCAAACCGCCGCGACUACUGACCCGGAGGAGGCCGGCGACGGAGGCCUGCCCAACGGGCCCGCCGACCCCCUCCCCCAAAAGGACUCCCUGGAGCCUGGGGACCCCCAAUCCCCCGAGGCCGCCCCCUCCCCCAGCCCGGAGCCCCCCCGGCCGGCCCCCGAGCAGGCCCCGUCGCCCCUGCCCGCGCCCGGGCCCCCCGUCGCCAAGUCCUGGGCCAGCCUGUUCCACAACUCCAAGCCCCUGCCGGGCGGCCCUCAGGCCUACGUGGAGGUAAAGAGCCCCCCCGCCCCCGAGGAGCCCCCCCCGGCCCCCGCGCAGACCCCCGACCCGGCCGCCGACAUCAGAGGGAGCCCCGUGCCCGUGUCCGAGGACGCCAUGGCGCCCAGACUCGCAGAACUGAUCGAGAAUGUGAAGCUGAUCCACAAGCCGGUGUCCCUGCAGCCGAGAGGCCUCGUCAACAAGGGCAACUGGUGCUACAUCAACGCCACCCUGCAGGCUCUGGUUGCCUGCCCUCCCAUGUACCACCUGAUGAAGUCCAUCCCGCUGCUGAGCGAAUCGCAGAGACGCGGCACCUCCACGCCCAUGAUCGACAACUUUGUCAGACUUGUGAACGAGUUCAGCAACAUGCCUGUGCCCUCAAAGGCCAAGCAGCAAGCCACUGGAGACAUGAAAGUCGUCAAAGACAUCCGACCGGGAGUCCCGUUCGAGCCAAACUACAUCUACAGACUCCUGACGGUCAUCAAGUCCGGCCUCUCUGAGAAGGGGAGACAGGAGGACGCUGAGGAGUACCUGGGCUUCAUCCUCAACGGCCUGCACGAGGAGAUGCUUGCGCUGAAGAAGCUCCUCUCUCCAGAGGAGGAGAAACCGGCGGCGCUGAACGGUCCCGAGUCUCACCCCGGAGCGCCGGAGGCCCCCGCGGCGCCGGAGGAAGAGGAGGAGGAGGAAGGCAGCGAGGACGAGUGGGAGCAGGUCGGCCCGCGGAACAAGUCCUCCGUCACCCGCCAGGCCGACUUCGUCCCCACCCCCAUCACCGACAUAUUCGGGGGACACAUCAGGUCGGUGGUGUACCAGCACAGCUCCAAGGAGUCGGCCACGCUGCAGCCCUUCUUCACCUUGCAGCUGGACAUCCAGUCGGAGAAGGUCCGGUCCGUGCAGGAGGCCCUGGAGGCGCUGGUGGCCCGCGAGUCGGUCCAGGGCUACACCACCAAAACGAAGCAGGAGAUCGAGAUCAGCCGGAGGGUGACUCUGGAGGAGCUCCCGCCCGUCCUGGUCCUUCACCUGAAGCGCUUCGUCUUCGAGAAGACCGGAGGCUGCCAGAAGCUGGUGAAGAACAUCGAUUACCCCGUCGACCUGGAGAUCAGCAAAGAUCUGCUGUCUCCCGGCGUCAGGAGUAAGAUCUUCAAAGGCCAAAGAACCUACAGGCUCUUUGCAGUGGUGUAUCACCACGGAAACAGCGCGACCGGCGGCCAUUACACGACGGACGUGUUCCACAUCGGCCUGAGCGGCUGGCUGCGCAUCGACGACCAGGCGGUGAAGGUCGUCCCCCAGCACCUGGUGGUGAAGCCCACGGCAGAGCGCUCCGCCUACCUGCUGUACUACCGUCGGAUGGACCUGCUUUAGGGCCUGCUGCACUACUGUGGAGUAGACCUGCUCUAGGGCCUGCUGCACUACUGUGGAGUAGACCUGCUCUAGGGCCUGCUGCACUACUGUGGAGUAGACCUGCUGUGGGACCUGCUCCUCCCGCCCGCACGGUGUUCCUCUUCCGACCCCCCGCCCCCGCCCCCGCCCCUGAGCCGAGCCGGCGUUCCCAUCCUUUGCCCUUUUAUCUUUUUGGAAGAAGGAAAAAAAUAAAAAAUACUAAAAAAAAAAAAAUUCAAAAAAGACCAAAAAAAAGAAAAAUGCUAAAGACGUUGAACUGAGCAGUCUUCCGCUGGUCUGUGCAGUGCUGCUGGGUUUUUAAUCGCUGAAAGGACGGACAGUUGGACGCGGGGCGGGGGGGACAGACAGAAGGACUGGUUUCUGCAUACCCCCCCCCCCCAAUCACCACCCCACCCCAGACUUAUUCAAACUGGGAACUUUCUGUUAACUUCGGAGGGAGGACUUAACCACAGGAGAUUAACAGCUGUCAGACUGCUGGAAAAUGUAUUAUUAUUAUAAUUUUUUUUUGUUUUGGUUAAUUUCACUUUUUUAUUUUAAACAAAAUGGUAAAGAACACGGAGAACUGUUUUGCCUUUUAGCAAAGAGAGUCUGGCAAACUCCCAGCGGUUCACGACCAUUCAGAAUCCCCCGAGUGCGUGAGUGAGAGAGCCCUGCACCAGCCAAUCGGGAAAGAGACAAAAACAAAAAAAACAAAAAACAAAAAAAAAAUGUGUGUAGAUCUUAACGUACAAAUCUGUUUCCUAACUCCCGAUGAUUCUCCUCUUCCUCACAGCCUCCUCCUCUUCCUCCUUUUCCUCAUCUCUCUUUCUCUCUCUCUAUCCUUCUCUCUAUCCUUCUCUCUCUAUCCCUUUCCCUCUCUCUAUCCCUCUCUCUCUCUCUCUCUCUCUCUCUCUCUCUCUCUCUCUCCCCCCUCUCACUUUCUAUCCCUCUCUCUCUCCCCGAUGCUUUUAUAACUGCGUAACACUUGAGCCAUUGAUGUGUUGGGGAAAGGAGGAAGAUGCCAGGCGUGCGGAUACAAAAUGGCUGCUUUGAGGAAAAAUUAAUACAAAAAAAAAAGAAAAACCACAGUGUGGUGUUUGGGUGUAGAGUUAGUCUAAAGAGAAUCUCAAUGAUAAAAAAGAAAAAAAAGAAAAAAAAAAAGAUUUUUAAUGCGCUUUAGGGUGUUGAGAGGAAAUGGCUUAUGUGCACGCGAAAUAUAAAAUAAAAAAUGAAAAAAAAAAAAAAUGAAUUAAGGGUGAAAUGCGGGCGUGCGGAUGUGCACGUCUCUGCAGUGGAGAAAAGCGAUACAAGACGUGGGUGAAUCUGGGUGGUGGUCACUCUGCCCUGCUCUUCCGGGGAGCUGGGCUAAACUUUUUCUGUACGCAAGCUGGAGGAAACCAAUGAAGUUUAAGAUUCAUUACAAAAUGUCUGCCUUUAUUUGCAUUGUGCGUUUUUUUUUGUUGUUUUUUUUCUCCGUCACCCUGCUCCCCCCGCGCGGUCGGCCGCGCCGUUUUAAUGCACCGGUCGCAGGACUCCGCCUGCUCUCCGGCUGCCUGCGACCUCAAUGUCAAACCCCGCCCCCUCGUUCUGGAGAAGGAUGCCAUUGGUUCACGAUUGUGUUAACUCCCUGACCCGGUGACAUCACAGGCCAACGUCGCCGACAGUUUAAUCCAGGGGUGCUCAACUCCAGUCCUCGAGGGCCUGGUCUGCCAACGGGUUUUUGUUCCAACCCGAUUGCCCUGUUUUUAAUGUGCGGACAGCUCUAUAAAUCACCCUGGUUCUAAAGCCUGUACUUGAGCACAGUAAAAUCAUUGGGACACACUUGCAGUCUGCAGCUGUAUCUGGUACUCACACACACACGUCAGAUGACAGAUGAUUGAGUCAAUUCGAUAAUUAAGACCAGAAUUUCUGAAACGGAUCGGCCCUUGUUGUGCACCCCUGGGUUUAAUCCUAGUCCUUGACUAAGUUCCACUAUGAAUGGAGAUUCUCCACACGAAAUCAGUCCAGGACCCGACGGUGUUCUGCGUCCCCCCUUUAACUUGGACUGCUGCAUCCUGGUUCCGAGGGGGG